AGAAUUACAUCGAACUGUUUAUUUAAUCUUAAUACGUUUUUUCGAAAUCGCACAAGUAUUUCAACAAACAUCACCCGAGCCAGAUAUAAUGAGCACAAUACAAGAAGAUCAAGACAAAGCAGACGGAAAAUCCCGGCAGAAAUCGAUCGAAAUCAAAAGCAACGAUGAAUUAAAAUUCACCAUUUAUGAUUUUAUUAGAACCAUAAAAGAUCCAGAAAAACCAAACACUUUAGAAGAGCUCAAUGUGGUUUAUGAAGAUGGUGUAUUUAUUUUAGAGAACACACCAACAAAUGUUAACGUGGUUAGAGUUGAAUUUAACCCGACCGUUCCCCACUGCUCAUUAGCUACAUUAAUCGGACUUUGCAUUCGUGUUAAAUUAGAGCGAUCAAUUCCUUAUCAGAUCAAAUUAGAUAUUUAUAUUAAAGAAGGAGCUCAUGCUACUGAACAUGAAAUUAAUAAGCAAAUAAAUGAUAAGGAGAGGAUAGCGGCUGCAAUGGAAAAUCCUAAUUUACGAGAAAUGGUGGAAAGUUGUAUUAAGGAAGAGGAUUAAUUAUUUUAUGCAAAUAAAUCUUGUUAUUUAAUAUUAAUGUUAUUUUUGUUUCGACUUCUAAAAGAUUUCUUUUUGUUAAAUUUAAAUGACAUUGACGUUUUGUAGGUGAGGUUAUGGUUUGAUAUCAAUAAGGUUAAGCAAUGGAAUUCGAACUUUUUGAUAAUAAAAAGGCUUAUUUUUAGUGAA